AUGGGUCGCUCCGACCGGCCCGAGCUCACGGCACCGCCGGACGUGUUCUACAAUGAGGAGGAGGCCAGGAAGUACACAGACAAUACUCGCAUGGUCAACAUUCAAACACAGCUGACGCAAAGAGCCCUGGAAUUGCUGGCGCUGCCCGAUGAUGGCAGGCCCAAGUACCUCCUGGAUCUGGGUUGCGGCUCGGGACUGAGUGGGGAGACGCUGACCGAUGCCGGCCAUGUCUGGCUGGGUAUGGACAUCAGCCCUUCAAUGCUGGGGAUUGCCCGGGAAAGGGAAGUGGAGGGGGACAUCUGCCUCCAGGAUCUCGGCCACGGACUGCCGCUCAGGCCCGGCAUGUUUGACGGCGCCAUCAGCAUCUCCGCCGUGCAGUGGCUCUGCAAUGCGGAUCGCAGCUCCCAUGACCCUCGCAAGCGGAUGAAGCGCUUCUUCGAAACCUUGUAUCGAUGCUUGGCCAAAGGGGGCAGGGCUGUACUACAAAUCUAUCCGGAAAGCACAGAUCAGGCUGCGCUGCUGACGAAUGCUGCCAUGAAGGUUGGCUUCUCGGGGGGUCUGGUGGUGGACUUCCCGCACAGUACACGUGCCAAGAAGUACUUCCUGGUCCUGCUGGUGGGGGGCCACGCCGCGCUCCCUGCGUCCCGUGGGAUGGACGGUGAGGAUCCGAGCGACGAGGAGGAGGCCUACGGCGCGGUCCAGGUCGGCCAGCGGCGGACCAAGCGGCGCAAGGGCGGGAAGGCGGGGAAGGGCGUGGAGUGGAUCGUGAAGAAGAAGGCGCAGCAGCGGGGGCGGGGCCACGAGAACAUCAAGCCGGACACAAAGUACACCGGGCGGAAGCGCAAGGUGCGAUUCUGA